AUGUCACUUUCUUCUGUUUCUUCUUUUUCUUCUUUUUCUUCUAUACGAGAGUUGUUUUCUCAACAAUUUUCAACCAAGAUUAGGGUUCUUAUGAUUGAUCAUGAUAUCAAUCUUCUCAAUUCUAUUGAGAAAGUAUGCAGUCAAUUCUAUUACACAGUCAAGACAUGCUCCAAUGUUUCGGAUGCUUUGAAUCUUUUGAUGGAAAAAAAGGAUAAUUUUGAUUUGCUACUAAUUGAAGCUAUAAUGCCCAAUGUGAAUUCAUAUGAAUUUUUGCAAUAUGUUAGGCAACAAAUCGAUAUUCCUGUUAUUAUGAUGAGUGCGGAUGACUCAAGAAGUGUUGUGAUGAAGGCUAUUGAAGAUGGAGCGUGUGAUUAUUGGAUCAAACCUUUGACUGAUAAUCUAAUUAUGAACAUGUGGCAACAUGUUGCAAGAAAAAUGUGGAAUGAAAAUAAAAACCUAAAAUUUGGGGUUGAAGUCAGUCUGAAAAAAGGGGAGAUAUAUGAUUCAAAAUUGCCUUUAAUUGAUCCAAAAAUAGGAGUGAUCAACACUAGUGUGGAACAAAAGAGUGUAGAAAAGAAUAAUGACAAACCUGAAUCGUCAACAAAGACACGUGUUAAAUGGACACAAGAGUUGAAGAGAAAGUUUGCUAGUGCUAUAAUGGAACUCAAUGCCGAUAAGGCACAACCCAAUAAAAUUCUUGCAAGGAUGAAUGUGCCUGGGUUGACAAGAGAGCAUGUAGCUAGUCACUUACAGAAAUAUAGAGAGAAAUUGAAGAGAGGAGAUACAAAGAAACAAAAAAAACAGAACAGAACUGCAGAAACAAAAAGAGAAACCAAGAUUUCAAAUGGAUCUUCAGAAUUUGAUUUUCAAGCUUAUGAUGCUUCUACUCCUCAUGUUGUUCCCAACAAUUUCAUCCCAACAAAUUUUCCUCAUCAGCCCAACAAUUUCAUUCCUCCUGAAGUUAAUGCAGCUCCAUUUAAUUUUUAUCAAACUGAUUCUGAGGAGGAAACUAGUUCAGCUUCUAUCUACCAGCAGAAUUGCAGUGGAUUUGAUUUUCAAGCUUAUGAUGCUUCUACUCCUCAUGUUGUUCCCAACAGUUUCAUACCCACAAAUUUUCCUCACCAGCCCAACAAUUUCAUUCCUCCUGAAGUUAAUGCAGCUCCUUUUAAUUUUUAUCAAACUGAUUCUGAGGAAGAAACUAGUCCAGCUUCUAUCUACCAGCAGAAUUGCAGUGGAUUUGAUUUUCAAGUUUAUGAUGCUUCUAUUAUUAAUCCAUCUCUCGUUGAUUAUUAUCCAAACGAGCUUGUAUAUUAUUGA